AAAGCACACCUUAAAUGCCUCACUUUUAAACAAGCCUCACAUAGGCCAUAUAGGGCACCACACCACACCACACCACUCAAAAAAAGAGCCACAAACCCUCCCAUUCACCAAAGCCAUGCACCAAGUUUUGCACACUGCAUGGUGCGUCCCCGGCUGGGUCGAGGCCCUCCUCGCCCUCGCCUGUUUCCUCAGCCUCCACUACUUUCGCCAACGCAAGGAACCUGUCAUCGAUUGGCCCAUCCUGCACCAUCUCCCUGCCCUUCUCAUCCACCUACCCCAUGUCCACGAUUGGACCACCUCGAUGCACAGCGCUAUCGGCCCCACCAUACCGAUCCUCGGCCCAAUCUUCUCGAACAUGGACAGAAUCAUAACUUGUGACCCUCAAAACCUGGAGUACAUGCUCAAAACUCGAUUCUCUAACUUCCCGAAAGGAAAACUUUUCCAUGACAUGUUUGAAGAGUUUUUAGGAGAUGGCAUCUUUAACAUUGAUGGUGAUGCAUGGGAGGCUCAGCGACGAACUGCAAAUUCUCAUGUGCACUCAAAGGGAUUCCGAUCGUUUGUGGCCGCGACCAGUCGUGGGCUUGCAAAUGACCGGCUUGUGCCCCUUCUUCGAAAAUUUGCUACUGAAGGGGCGGCCAUAGACUUGCAGGAAAUCAUGAUGAGGUACACCAUGGACACGGCCUGUGCUGCAGUGUUCGGGGAGAGUGUGGGGUGUUUGUCGGAGGGGUUGCCAAAUGUGCCAUUUGCAAAUGCGAUAAACGACGCUAUGCAGGCAGUGACUGUGAGGCAUGUGUUGCCCACAGCAUGGUGGAGGGCGAUACGGUGGCUGGGGCUCGGAAUGGAGCCUCGGUUGGAACGAGCGGUGCGCACUAUGGACGAGUUUGUGGCCCAGCAGGUGGCUCGAAGGAGGCAUGUGAGCAGCGGUAGAGGAGGCGGGGACUUGCUGUCAGUUUACGCGGCCACUAAAGCUAGCAAGACUGACAGGUACCUACGAGACGUGGCAGUGAACUUUUUACUAGCGGGCAGAGACACAACGGGUGCAGCCCUCACAUGGUUCUUCUGGCUUGUGUCGACGCACCAGAACAUAGAGGCCAAAAUCAUAGAAGAGCUCAAAGCCAAGGGGACAGACGACCAUCGCGAGCUUGUAUAUCUGCAUGCCGCACUUUGCGAAACCAUUCGACUCUAUCCUUCAGUUCCAUUAGACCACAAAUGUGCCCUAGAAGAAGACAUUUUACCUGAUGGGACAAUACUAAAAUCAGAAACAAUGGUGCAUUAUAGCAUAUAUGCGAUGGGGAGAAUGGAAUGGUUAUGGGGGAAAGAUUGCUUAGAAUUUAGGCCUGAAAGGUGGCUUGGAGAAGAUGGAAGGCUCAAAGGAGAAGGUGGUUUUAGGUUUUUGGCCUUUAAUGGAGGACCAAGGACUUGUGUGGGAAGAGACUUGGCCUUUGUGCAAAUGAAGUAUGCGGCUUCUGCAGUGUUGAGUGCAUUUCAAUUAGAGUUGGUUAAGGGGCAUAGGGUUUCUCCCAAGACUUCUGUGAUUUUAGUCAUGAAGAAGGGGCUCAUGGUUAGGGUCAAGGAAAGAGAAGGGAGUUGGUGAAUAGUUAGAAUAGUUUUAAUUGUGGCUUGUGUGAUUUCAAAUAUAUAAUGAGUGUGAUGUUGAAAGAUUUUACAUUAUGGGUACUUUUAGUUGUUUACACUUCUCACUUCAUCACAA